AUGUAUCGGAAGUUGUCUAAGUUAGAACACUCGGAAAUAAAACAACUUCUUACAGAAGCUAAUAUAGAUGUUGCAAAGCAUUACGCAACAAACAAAAAAGCACUCGCUGACUUCAUUAAAGACUACAAUGGUGCAAUAAGUUAUGAUAGAAUUCAUGAGUUCAUAAAGCCGCAACGCGGCGAGGACGAAGUCCAUGCAAGAGCAUUUCCUUUAAAUGACGUUGCUAUUGACUUAUAUCAUAGACGUUCAGUACCUCAUGAAGUAAGAAGAGAAAUGUUUGACAUAACAAAUGCAAACGUCGGUGAAACAAGAAGAAGAGACGACACACUGAAACAACAGAGAAGAGAGAUGUUUAAGAGCGCUAUAGAACAAGUUCGCAAAGCUAACGAUGUCCUUCGUUCCAUUGACGACAAACCAAAAGAAG